AUGAUCAAAAUCACAGCCCCUUCUCCCUCACCACAUCAACACCACCACCACCACAGGUGGGCCCCAUCUCCCACCCCCACAAUCGCCGCAACCACUGCAGCCACCACAAUUGCCGUCACCCCCACCACUUCUUACCAAUCCUCACCACCACCACCAACCUCCAAACUCCCAGUUGACUUCAGCCCAACAUUAAUAGCCAUGGUGGUGGUAGUCGCUGCCGCCUUCUUAAUAAUCACAUACUCCCGCCUGAUUUCCCGUUCUCUACUCCGAGUGCUCCGCCGAUGGAAACGGUGGCGCCGCCGCCGCCGCCGUUACUUCCCUUCCUCAAAUGGUGACCUUGACUCCCCACCUCCCCUCUUUGACUCCCCAGAAGGCUUCCAUGUUUACUCUCCAUACGGGCUUGAUGAGUCUGUCAUCAAGACCAUCCCCCUCUCACUCUACACCACAAAAAAUAACAAUAGUUUUCCCAAGCAAAUCAAAGACUGUGCUGUUUGCCUGCUUGAAUUCGAAGACGAUGAAUAUGUCCGCACGCUCCCUGUUUGCUCGCAUGCAUUUCAUGUUGACUGUAUUGAUAUUUGGCUAAGAUCACACGCGAAUUGCCCGCUUUGUCGUGCCGGAAUUUUCAGAGCAGAAUCUCCAUUUAUUCCCCUCAUGGCCGCGAGAAUUCGUCCCAGUCUUGAUGAAACAAUCCUACGCAGUAAUUUUCUUCCGCGCGAACCGAUAAUUCAAAGUCCACUACGCACUUAUUCUACGGUUACAGCCACAACUACAACUACAGUAUCAGAGAUUACACCAUGUCCUGAAGAACCAGCACCACGAAGACAUAGCAUGAACAAUUUUAAUACUAAUUCUGAGGAUAGAUUCAAUGGUCGUGAUCAUUUCUUCUUGAAAAGAUCUUAUUCUUUCGGAUUUGAACGGAGCUUACCGUCCGAGAGGAUGUUAGUGACGGAGCCAGCUACAGCUUCUCCGUGGAGGUAUAGAAGAGGGAGUUUUUGGAAACGGCCGUCACCGUUUGAAUCAAUAUCAAAAGCUAGAGUUUUUUCGUUUAGAUAUUAUAGAGGGAUGAAGUCCCCGUUUUUUAGGCGGAGAGGAUCAGGAUUUUUCCCGUUAUCCGAAAGGUUCUCCACUGCAGGCGGAGGAGGUGGUGGUGGAUCGUCGAGGAGGAGUAAGUCUAUGGCGAGUCCAAUGUUUUUGAGAUCAUCGGCGGGGUCAAGCAUGGCUGCGUUUUCGUCAAGCCGGCUAAGGUGUGGGGAUCCCGAGGCACUACUGUCACCGGAGAGGUUUAACAGGAGGUAG